AUGUCUCAUGUUGCUUUGCAAAGUGGAGGUUACGAGAGAAUGCCAUGUCAACUUCGAGAUGUCUACAACAGGGUUGCUGGUGCCAAGCGAGAAGAAAAGAUAGAGACGGACUCGGAAGGAGCGUUGGGAUUUCUUGAUUGUCUCGCAGAGAGGGAUCCAAAUUUCUUCGUUGUAUAUCAGGUGGACGAGGAGAAUCGAUUGGCUAACUUAUUUUGGGCAGAUGGAAACUCACGUGUCGACUAUGUGGCUUUUGGGGAUGUACUAGGGUUUGAUACCACCUACAUGACAAAUGAGUACAAUAAGCCUCUCCUUGUUCUCAUUGGCGUAAACCACCAUUUCAACACAUGCAUCUUCGGGUUCGCUCUACUCCUCCACGAGAAGCUUCCAUCCUAUCGUUGGCUACUUCAAAAAUUUCUCGAAUGCCAUGGAGAUAAGAAGCCAAAUGUUGUAGUUACUGACCAAGAUGUGGCCAUGAAACAGGCCAUCAUGGAACACAUGCCUGAUGUGACACACCGUCUAUGUGCUUGGCAUCUCAAUACAAAUGCUUCCAAAAAGGUUAAAGAUCCGAUCUUCUUGAAAAUGUUUAAAGAUCUAAUGUACAACUACUACGAGGAGGAGGAUUUCGAAGCAAGAUGGUUAGACGUCGUCCAAACCCAACAACUAACAGAUAAUGAAUGGUGCCAAACAACAUUCGACACAAGAAAACAGUGGGCAGAAACUUAUUUAAGGGGUUCAUUCGUUGCAGGAAUGAGAACCACACAACGUUGCGAAUCGAUCAACUCAGCCCUAAAAAAAUUUUUAGAGAAGAAUUAUUGCUUGCGCGAGUUCGUAACAACCAUAGAUAUGACAGUCUCAAAGCUCAGACACAACGAGACUGCAAAUGACUUCAAAAGCAGAUGCACUCGACCUCACCCACCUAAUCCUACAUGCUUGACCACGUACUACAACCAAUGUGCUGAAUUCUACACAAGAACUAUGUACCACAAGGUUCUUUGA